CCUGCACCACUUCUGUGGCAGAGCCUCGUUUCCGCGGUUGUCGUGGUCGCGCCGAUCGCUCUCAGUCUCUGCCACCAGCUGGGAUCGGGGUCGGCGGGGAUCGGGUCUUUGGCUGCAGCCGUGGCCGGCGCGUCUGGCCAUCUAGAUCCCGGGUCCGCAGUUGGCCUGCUUCAUUUGUCCUCCCACUGUCUGCGUGGCUGAUUCGUGGGCGACGGGACGUUCGCAGGUGUCCGGCUGACCCGCCAGGGACCGGAGUCGACACCCGGGUGCUCCCCCGGAGCCCCAGCCCAGCCUGUCCGUUUCCUACGGUGAGACGGGGCCUCGCCAAACUGCAAGUCUGGCCUUGAACUUGGCGAUCCUCCUGCCUCAGCCUCUGUCGCGGGGAUGACAGACUCAUCUUUCAAGAGGACUUGAGACUAAUUGCAAAUAAUUAAGAAAAGAUGCCUUCUGCAUCCUGUGAUACCCUGCUGGAUGACAUAGAAGACAUUGUGUCCCAGGAAGAUUCAAAGCCACAAGACAGACAUUCUUCAAGAAGGCAGGUUGUUCCGAAAGUGCGAAGGCGCCAUACCCAGAUGUUCUCGGAAGAGAACGGCCCGCCAAGUGACAGCACUAUUCCAGGCAUACAGAAAAUUUGGAUACGAACAUGGGGUUGCUCACAUAAUAAUUCAGAUGGAGAAUAUAUGGCUGGACAGCUAGCUGCUUAUGGCUAUAAAAUUACAGAAAACGCAUCAGAUGCAGAUCUGUGGCUCCUGAACAGUUGCACUGUGAAGAACCCAGCCGAAGACCACUUUAGAAACUCCAUUAAAAAAGCUCAAGAGGAGAACAAGAAAGUCGUGCUUGCCGGGUGUGUGCCCCAGGCGCAGCCUCGCCAGGACUACCUCAAGGGGCUGAGCAUCAUCGGGGUUCAACAGAUAGAUCGCGUGGUGGAAGUUGUGGAGGAAACAAUUAAAGGCCACUCUGUGCGACUUCUGGGCCAGAAGAAGGAUAAUGGAAAGCGGCUGGGGGGAGCUCGGUUGGAUUUGCCCAAGAUCAGGAAGAAUCCACUAAUAGAAAUAAUUUCCAUCAAUACCGGGUGUCUCAAUGCAUGUACCUACUGCAAAACUAAACACGCCAGAGGAAAUUUGGCCAGUUAUCCCAUUGAUGAACUAGUAGAUAGAGCCAAACAGUCUUUUCAAGAGGGUGUCUGUGAGAUCUGGUUGACCAGUGAAGACACGGGGGCCUACGGCAGGGAUAUCGGCACCGACCUCCCCUCGCUCCUGUGGCGCCUGGUUGAAGUCAUUCCCGAGGGAGCGAUGCUGAGGCUCGGCAUGACGAACCCCCCCUAUAUCCUAGAGCAUCUGGAGGAAAUGGCGAAGAUCCUUAACCAUCCCCGAGUCUACUCCUUCCUGCACAUACCCGUCCAGUCCGCCUCCGACAGCGUGCUCAUGGCCAUGAAAAGAGAAUACUGCGUGGCUGACUUCCGAAGAGUCGUGGAUUUCCUGAAGGAGAAAGUUCCUGGAAUAACUAUUGCUACAGAUAUCAUCUGUGGUUUUCCUGGAGAAACAGAUGAGGAUUUUCAAGAAACGGUGAAGCUGGUUGAAGAGUACAAAUUUCCAAGCCUCUUUAUUAACCAGUUUUACCCAAGACCCGGAACUCCUGCUGCAAAACUGGAGCAGGUGCCAGCACAAGUGAAGAAACAGAGGACCAAAGACCUUUCUCGGGUGUUUCACUCCUACAGUCCGUACGAUCACAAGAUUGGUGAACGACAGCAAGUGUUAGUAACAGAAGAAUCUUUUGAUUCCAAGUUCUAUGUUGCACACAAUCGCUUCUAUGAGCAGGUUUUAGUGCCAAAGAACCCUCCAUUCCUGGGGAAGAUGGUUGAAGUGGAUAUUCAUGAGUCAGGAAAGCAUUUUAUGAAAGGACAGCCAGUAUCGGAUGCCAAGGUGUUCACGCCGUCCAUCAGCAAACCGCUAGCAAAAGGAGAGGUCUCGGGCUUAGCACAGGAAUUCAGAAGUCGGCUCGGGGCUGCGAGCUUGAUGCCCCCCACCUCUGCAGCGAGUCCCAGAGGCGCUCUGCAGGGGCUCCAUCAGGACCCGGCGCUGCGGGUGGCCGUGGGCCUGGCGCUGCUGGCUCUGCUUCUGGCGUUUUUUGUCAAGGUCUACACUUAGGACACAGCUAACUGGAGCGUCUGUGAAGAAGAAAUUAAGAUGCUCAGCGGACAGGAGAGCCACCCCGCCGGGUCUCAAGGGCAGCCGGUCGUCCGGGCCGGACUGCCUCCUCUGCAGCCUCUUCCUGACGAGGCUCACCCCAUCUCGCACCGAGUUGGGCCCUUUGGCUGUUUGACCCCAAACCAGAUCACAGCUGGUGUAGCACAUCUUUCAAAUUAAAAAAAAAA